GCAUGCGCAGUAGUCUGUUGUGCGAGGCAAGUUGCUAAAGCGCGUUCUCUCGUUUGCACUUUAGAGCUUGUCUAAUCACGAAAUUCAUUACAGUGACGUGAACGCUACAGGCCAGACAUUUCCAGAAGACUCUUGGAGUGGAAUGCUGGACACUGAGUCCACUGUCAUGGAGAGCAAUGGAAAUGAGCAUCUUCCUGAAAUUCCUGUGGAAGACCAAGCAGCAGCUGAGUGGUCUGCAGGCCAGGUUUCUUCAGUACCACUCCCUAACAUCUCGCCCGAGGAUUCUGAUUCUUCUCAAGAAGCUCCAGGGCCAGAGCAGCUGCAGAUGAACUCAGAGCUGGGAUCUGUGGAGAAGGCUGUGGAGCAGUUUCAGCUUGCUAAUGCCCCACUCUACCAUGGAGAGCAUCCACCACCUCCACCUCCUCCACCACCGCCCGCAGACGAGGCAGAUCAAAUCGCAGAACCUACUGGGUGUCAGCCUGGGGAAUACCUACAAGAUGGCAGUCAAGAUGGAGCUCUAGCACCACAAAUGACAGAGGAUGGCAUGGAGCUGGAAGAAACAGCCAAAGAGGUUGAACAGGAAGCACCCGUUCCUACAGAGCCACUGAUACCUUCAGAGUUUGAAAGACUUUUUAAAGUCUGUGAAGACAACCCAGAUGAUUUUAAUGCUUGGGUUACCCUGCUGCAGUAUGUGGAGCAAGAGAAUGUUCUUACAGCUGCAAGGAAGUCGUUUGAUAUGUUUUUCCUGCGAUACCCGUACUGCUAUGGCUACUGGAAGAAGUAUGCAGACCUUGAGAAAAAGCAUGGCGAUAUACAGGUUGCAGAAGAGGUGUACAGAAGAGGCUUACAGGCCAUUCCUCUUAGUGUGGACCUUUGGCUUCACUAUCUCACUUUUAUUAAGGAGAAUUCAGAUCUCAGUGACCCUGAAACUGAGGGACGUAUUCGAGCCUCCUACGAACAUGCAGUUCUUGCAGCAGGCACAGACUUUCGCUCAGAUCGCCUUUGGGAAGCCUAUGUAAACUGGGAAACAGAGCAGCAGAAGCUGGCUAAUGUCACAGCCAUCUAUGAUCGCAUUUUGGGUAUCCCAACCCAGCUGUAUUCCCAGCACUUUCAGAGGUUCAAGGAUCACGUGCAGAGCAACCACCCCAAAUACUUUUUAUUAGAAGAGGAGUUCCUUCAGCUCAGACACGAGUUGUCUAAAACCAGCCUGUCUGCAAUGGUUGGUGAAGACGGAGAGCCAAGUGUUGCUCAGGAGGAGCUACCACCUGGUACAGAGGAUCUUGCUGAUCCUGCUAAGAGAGUGACAGAGAUUGAGAACAUGCGCCACAAAGUAAUUGAGGUUCGCCAGGAAGUGUUCAACCACAAUGAACAUGAAGUUAGCAAGCGCUGGGCGUUUGAAGAAGGGAUUAAGAGACCAUACUUCCACGUGAAAGCCUUGGAGAAGACACAGCUGAACAACUGGAAGGAGUACCUGGACUUCGAAAUAGAAAACGGAACCCCGGAGCGCGUGGUGGUCCUCUUUGAACGAUGCCUCAUCGCCUGUGCACUCUACGAGGAGUUCUGGAUCAAGUAUGCAAAAUAUCUAGAGGGAUUCAGCAUUGAUGGAGUGAGACAUGUCUACAAGAAAGCGUGUACCAUCCACCUCCCAAAGAAACCCUCCAUCCACCUGAUGUGGGCAGCCUUUGAGGAGCAACAAGGCUGCAUGGAUGAGGCUCGUCAAAUCAUGGUGUCCCUGGAGACGACCAUUCCGGGUCUGGCCAUGGCACGUCUGCGGAGGGUCAGUAUGGAGCGUCGCCACGGUAACUUGGAAGGAGCGGAAGCACUGUUGAGGGAAGCGAUGGAGUCUGCGAAGGAUGCUACUGAGGCGUCGUUUUAUGCUGUGAAGCUGGCCAGGCAGCUGAUGAAGAUUCAGAGAAGUCUGAGCAAGGCAAAGAAGGUGCUGCUCGAUGCUAUCGAAAAAGACCAGACUAGUUCAAAACUAUACUUGAACUUGCUUGAGAUGGAGUUCAGCGGAGAUAUUCAGCAGAACGAAGUUGAGAUAUUGGCUUGUUUCGACCGCGCCUUGAAGAGCCCCAUGUCCCUGGAGUCUCGCAUCGUCUUUUCCCAGCGCAAGGUCGAAUUUUUGGAAGACUUUGGCAGUGACAUAAAUAUGCUCGUAGCUGCAUAUGAGGAACAGCGAAAACUGCAAAAAGAAAGUGAAUCUUUAAAGAGGAAGGCAGAGAACGGGUAUGACAGCUCUCAAGAACCUGAUGCCAAAAGACAACGUGCAGAUGACCCUUCUGCAGUUGCUGCAACUGCAAUGACGGACAUGACGGCCAACAACUCUGCAUACAACUACAACUGGUACCAGCAACAGUAUGGCGGCUGGGGACAAAAUUCAUGGGGGCAGUACAACCAGUACGCUCAGUACAACCAGUACUACCCUCCUACUCCUACAUGAUGAGCGAGCCUCUUACAUGAACACGGGAAUGAGUCUUUUCGGAUCUUCUUGAACCUUAGAGCAGAAUUAAACACAUGGGUGUUAUGGAGAUUUCAGUUCACAUUGCACAGAAUAACCCUUCUUGUUCUUCUUACACCUUCUGACUUCGUUCUUUUAAUAGUUUAAAACCCAUGGUACAACCUUUGGUUGGUUAUACAAUUUAGCUCUUAUUUAGUUCUCUUUGUUUUUGUCUGUGAACAACAGUAAUGAUUGAUCAUCUCAGCACUCUAGUUUGAUUUAAUAAAAAUGUGUGAAGGAAGGUUCUUUUUUCCCCUCGUGUGUGACAUACAAAGACUUUGAGAUUCUAUGACUUGGUUAAAUAUUCUUUUGUUUCAAAUUGUUUCUUGUGAAGAAUGCUUUCAAUGAUGUGCGAGUCGUGGUUUUAUUUCCCAAACGUGAACAAUUUAAACUUUCCUGCUUGUUUCCAUUGAGAGCAAUGAAGAGUUCCUUGUUUUUUAUUUUGACUUGAUUUCAUAAUAAAGAUAUCCUAAACUAUU